AUGCCUAUCUUUGCCAACACCCCCGAAUCUCGCCUUGGCCGUUCCGACUCGAAAGAUCCAGGGACGACAUGUCGAGGAAUCACAGGCAGCGGCCGCCCAUGUAGGCGCUCGCUCCUCAGUGAUGAUGCCCCUCCCCCGCCAAAGUCCAAGAGAAACAAACUCCAAGUCGACGACCCGAGCGAUCCAGACUUGUACUGCUGGCAACACAAGGAACAGGCGGCCAUGUCCGCCCACUCGAGCCCCGGCCCGAAGCUGUCUCAUACACCGAUACUGGAGGGACGAACGAGCAUAGACACUCUUGCGGAGAGGCUAGGUCUCGUGAAGACACAUUCUGAACCUAGGCCCAGCAAAUACAGCGGCGGAUACUCCCAGUCAGCGCACCCAGAAAAGAAGAAGGGCAUCACCUGCUGCUUCUGCUUUACACUUCCGCUCGACGAUCUCGUGCCUCCCCCUCGCCCUCAGCCCGUGCCACUUCAGAAGCCUACAUCAGCUUCGGUGCCUUAUAGGCCGAGCGGGAACAAGCCCUCAAGACCAAGUUCGGCCAGGCCUCCUUCUGCGCGUCCGACAUCUUCGCAGAAGAAGAACCAUGCCGCGUUGAUUCCCGCGGAUGCGCCCCCCGAAACCGCCGCGAAGCUAGCAAAAGAAUUAGCCAAGCCCUUCUCGGAAAAUGACGACCCUGGCUACAUUUACAUCUUCUGGCUGACUCCAGAGUCUCAACCUUUGACCCCCGCAGCGGAGACCGCUCGUUCCUUGCUAUCACCAUCUGCUCGACCGUCAGGUUCCAGGACGAUAAGCGACAUGCUCGCCUCGUUUGCCGCCUUUAUCGACGACGACGACGAUGACAGACCCCGUCCCAGCAGUGGUAAUGGAAGAAGUUCGCACACCAACAAGAAGAUUCUGUUGAAGAUUGGUCGGGCUACCAACGUCCAGCGCAGGUUGAACGAAUGGCAGCGGCAGUGCGGGUAUAACAUCUCGCUUAUUCGGUACUAUCCGUAUGUCCCGUCCAACAGCACAACUACGACGGAGCGCAAAGUACCUCAUAGUCACAAGGUGGAACGCUUGGUGCACAUUGAGCUAGAUGGUCUUGGGCUGAGAGCUGGAGAUCGUGGCAAGUGCGAGGCUUGUGGCAAGGAGCACCGGGAGUGGUUCGAGGUCGAGGCGAGCAGGAAGGCGGUUGAGGUGGUGGAUGAUAUUGUGAGGAAGUGGUCGGACUGGGACGAGACCCAGGCUUGA